CGUUCACCAUGGGCAAGGACGGCAAGACCCCGAAGAAGGAUAAGAAGGAUAAGAAGGAGGGCAGCGACGACGGCGACGGCGCGCUCAGGCCGGUCUGCGCGAUCGCGAAGCCGCUCGCGGACGUCGGCUUCCACAAGAAGAUCCUCAAGGUCGUGAAAAAGGCCUCGAAACAUAAGCAGGUGAAGCGCGGCGUGAAGGAGGUGGUGAAGGCGCUGCGCAAGGAGACCAAGGGGCUGUGCGUGAUCGCGGGCGACAUCUCCCCCAUCGACGUCAUCUCGCACAUCCCGAUCCUCUGCGAAGAAGCCGGGGUGCCGUACGUGUACGUCCACAGCAAAGACGAGCUCGGCGCGGCGGGGCAGACGAAGCGCCCGACGAGUUGCAUGCUCGUGCUGCCGGAGGCGCAGAAGGGCGGGGAGAAGAUGAGUGGCGACGACGCGAAGGAGUUCAAGGACAUGUACGGGAAGGUCGUCGCGAAGAUCGGGUCGCUA